UCAUGUAUUCGCAUCUUUCUGGUGGACGAGUGAAUAUACAGCUUCUGCAGGAGGCAGCAGUGCGCGAGUUUGUUGGAAUUCUCGAUCGAUGCGAGGGAACAAAGGCAAUCAUCUGGGAUGAAUCAUUGGGUGGACCUGUGGGGCUGGUUGCCCGCUACACAUUCCUGAAGGAGCAUCACGUUACGAAAAUGUACCCGUUACGCCCGGAACCGUGGACGGAUAUCGAUGUGAAAAACAUUAUAUUCAUAACACGCCCCAAUCAGACGCUGAUGGACUACAUUGCCAACAACAUACACGAAGAGGAACGAAAAAAGAAAGUUUCCCGCAAAGAAUACUUUUUAUACUUUCUGCCGAAAAAGUCUUUCCUGUGCGAGAAACGUUUGCAGAUCAAGGGAGUGCACGGUAGUCUUUCGUUCAUUGGAGAAUUUCGCUGUGAAUUCUUCCCUUUCGAUAACGAUCUUCUCUCGAUGGAGCUACGGGAUGCGUACAAGGAGCUAUAUAUCGAAGGGGACACAAGUUCCCUGCAUCAAUCCGCUUGUGCGCUGAUUGCGUUGCAGAAGCUUUACGGCCGCAUUCCGAAGGUAUAUGGAGUUGGAAGUUAUGCUAAACGAGUGUGGGAAAUCACAAAAGCACUUGCAGAGGAAAAUGGACGAGCAAUGAACAACGAUAAGGGCGUCAUCGAUCAGAUGAUCAUUCUCGAUCGAUCGGUGGAUUUGAUGAGCGUUUUGGCGACACAACUCACCUACGAGGGAUUGAUAGAUGAAAUUUUCGGUAUCAAUAAUACGACGGUGAACCUGCCAGCAGAGAAAUUCAACUCGGGCGAGGGAAUCUCGACCGAUCGAAAUACCGAAAAAAGUCAGUUCAUUCUUAACUCGAAGGAACAGCUGUACACCGAGCUGAGAGACAAAAAUUUUAAUGCGGUAGGGGCCGUUUUGUCUCGAAUGGCGAAAUCAAUCCGACUGCGGGCGAACGAAAACCAUGGUGAAAAAUCGAUUCAGGAGCUGAAGAAGUUUGUCGAAAGCCUACCACAUAUCAAGGCUAACGAGCAGUCUCUUGCGACUCACACUACAAUUGCUGAGCUGGUCCAGGACGUCAUUUCAUCGGAUUCUUUUCUGGAUGAACUGGGAUGUGAGCAGGAGUUUAUGAUGUGUUCGGAUGUGGAUAAAGCCAACAGUUUCAUCGAAGACAUGAUCGCCAAAGAGGCCCCACUUCGUAGUGUACUUCGGUUGAUGUGCAUGCAGUCCAUUGCAGGGUCUGGAUUGAAGCCUAAAGUGCUCGAUUACUACAAACGAGAGUUGGUGCAAGUGUAUGGCAUAAAGGCCCUACUAACGGUAGGCAAUCUCGAGAGGGCGGGUCUACUUCGCCAGCAAACAGGGUCACGCACCUACCACGUACUGCGGAAAACUUUAAAUUUGACUGCAGAAACGCCGGAAGAAGUGUCACCAAAGGAUAUAACAUACGUUCACAGCAUCUAUGCUCCAUUAUCCGUGCGUAUUGUAGAACAACAUCUGAGACCAGGCGGAUGGCAACUGCUGGCUGAUAAGUUAUCCACACUGCCUGGGCCUACGUUUGAAGAUUUUCAGUUGGCUCCAAAUUUGGGCAAUCGCAGAGGUUCAUUCACCAGUGAACUAUCUCAAUCGGACAUUCCUCGCGUGAUUGUGGUGUUCUUCGUGGGAGGAUGUACUUUUGCGGAAAUUUCUGCAUUAAGAUUUCUCGCUCAGCAGGAUGAAAAUAACGUGGAAUUUGUCAUUUGUACCACGAAAUUAAUCAAUAAGAAUACGUUCCUUGAUACCUUGAUUGAAAAUUAACCAAAAUAUGAUAAAGAUGUAUUAUAUCCAGAAGCU